CCCCCUUGAGUUUCUCCUAAGAAAGGAAGGGUACCUGUAUCCUCAGAACCACUUUUCCUAUGCCAGAAAUUUCAUUGCACCUUGGAAGAACCCAACCAUUCCCAUUCUGCAGUGGAAGGACAUGUUCCCAAGACAUUCUCUCUACCCCUUUUUUCCUUUUGAGUUUUUCCCAAAAUUAUUUUAGGUCAACUUCCGUGAAUCUCUAGCCCCCUAUAACCACCACCAACUACCUUUCUUUUGGGAAGCAUUUGAGUCCAACACGAACCAUUGUUUGUCUCAGAGGAGGGACCCUAAGAGGGUAGGGACUCAGUUGGGCUCAGGGUGCAGCUGCUGGAGGGACAGACCUGGUAUAGUGUUAUUAGGAAAAUUGCUAGAACAUUUGGCCCCUCCUUCGAUGGAGGGACUGAGGCGGGGCCUUGGGCACUAGGAGCCACAGUGCUGAAUCUUAGAACACAGUUCUGCUGGCAUCUCUGACUGUGUUAGACCUCUGCACCACCAGCCCUCCGUGGGGCCCAUAGCACCAUCUGCUCGCCACCUAGGGUAGUGCUUGCUCUCCACACAGCCAUGUCAUUGGCCCCCCGUGUGGCACUGGUGACCGGGGCCAGCAAGGGCAUUGGCUUCACCAUCGCGCGCGACCUGUGCUGGCAGUUCUCCGGGGACGUGGUGCUCACGGCGCGGGACGAAGUGCGGGGACAGGUGGCGGUGAAAAAGCUCCAGGCCGAGGGCCUGAGUCCCCGCUUCCACCUGCUGGACAUCGACGACCUGCAGAGCAUCUGCGCCCUGCGCGACUUCCUGCGCAAGGAGUACGGAGGACUGGACGUGCUGGUCAACAACGCGGGCAUCGCAUUCAAGGCUGGUGAUCCCAAACCGUUUCAUAUUCAAGCAGAAGUGACCAUGAGAACAAACUUCUUUGGUACCCGAGAUGUGUGCACAGAACUGUUGCCUCUAAUGAAACCCCAAGGCAGAGCGGUGAAUGUGUCUAGCAUAAUAAGCCUCGUAGCCCUUAAAAAGUGCAGCCCAGAACUGCAGCAGAAGUUUAGAAGCGAGGCCGUCACAGAGGAGGAGCUGGUGGGGCUCAUGAACAAGUUCGUGGAAGACACAAAGAAAGGCGUGCACAGGAAGGAGGGCUGGCCUGAUACUGCCUAUGGAGUGACAAAAAUCGGUGUCACGGUCCUGUCCAGAAUCCAUGCGAGGAACCUGAGUGAGCAGAGGAGAGGUGACAAGAUCCUCCUGAACGCCUGCUGCCCUGGGUGGGUGAGAACAGACAUGGCGGGACCUAAAGCCCCUAAAAGCCCAGAAGAGGGAGCAGAGACCCCUGUCUACUUGGCCCUUUUGCCCUCUGAUGCUGAGGAGCCCCAUGGGGAGUUUGUUAUGGAGAAGAAAGUUGAACAAUGGGGACCGCUCUAUCAGUUACCUUCAUGGCUCCCAUCUCAAAUCCCACCAUGAUUGACCAAAAAAACUGUUACACUGUCAACAAUAUCCUUAUCAAAAACACAGAAACAAAAGAAUCACUAUCCUUACUGAGUAUUCACAUUGAAAUGGCUACUAAUUCUGUGAAGUUUCUUGUGAUUUCUUCUGUGUUAUAAGAGGAGAAAAAGUGGAAUUGAUGAAAAUAAUGAGUGGACAUCACAGAAGAAAUAAACAAUUCUAACUAAAUGUCCAUGUGUACAGAUGGUUUUAUGGCAACCAGCCCCCAAAUCACCAUUUAGUACACUAAGUACUAACAGCAAACCCUAAGGUAGAUCAACAAAAGGGACAGUUGAACUCAGGGCUUGGUAAACAUUAGUGAAAGAGGCAAAUAGUAUUUUUGCCUUUGCAAG